AAAAUCAUUAAGAAUCGUCUUUGUAUAAGAGUCGGCAACCCACACAAUCAUGCCCUAACGCCCAACUCUAUGGGAUUCUUCAAUGGGACAGACAUCGCUGGUCACAUACGAAUUCCCUGAAUGCGGGCAAGCAACAACCUGCUCAUAGUGCUUCUUGGAGUAUUGAAAGACCCACAGUAUGUUGGUGUUUAAUGAUUGAGUCAGUCCACAAAUUCGUGUGAGUAUCAUAUUAAUGAAAACAAAUGGCUGCCAUAUAGGCGUGUACCGUCCCAAAAGUUGUUUUGUUCAAAAAAUUGUGUUUUCUGUGUGAAAAAGUACAAAGAUUUGUGUUACACUUUACCUCCGGUGUGAACCUAAGGGGGUGAAUUAAUCGCCAAAAUGGCAAGUUACCAUAUUCUAUGGAAAAGUUAUGCCACUUUUGCCAUACUCAUGGCAAUGGGUGUGAUCGCCCAGUAUGAGUGGCAAGCAAGAGAUGCCUUCGAUGAAGUUAAGAUUAAAGUGGAUAAAGUUACAGCAGAUAAUUGUCCUAUUCAACAUUUGAGUGACUUAUAUCUAUAUGAUGAUGUUGUAUCCCAUCUUCCGGAUAUUAAAGAGGUCAACAUUAAUCCCAUCUUUCCUAAUCGAACACACCUACUUCAUCUGCACAAUAUGGCUUUAAGUCGAUCCUUCUUCUGGAGCUACAUCCUCCAGAGUCGUUUCAUCCGUCCAGCCAUCAAUGAUACCUACGAUCCCGGAAUGAUGUACUACUUCUUAUCCACCGUAGCUGAUGUCUCAGCCAAUCCCUAUAUAAACGCAUCGGCCGUUUACUUCUCGCCAAAUAGCUCCUAUACUUCGUCAUAUCGAGGAUUCUUCAAUAAAACAUUCCCCUUAUUUGCACCAAGAACCUUCCGUUUAGACGAUUUCAAUGAUCCAAUUCAUCUACAAAAAAUUUCUACAAUGAACACUUUUGAUGUUCGAGACUUGGGAGCUAUACCAUCUAAUUCCUUCUCACGGGACUACACCACCGAAUUUUAUAAAAUCAACGAAUGGUACAAACUCUGGCUACCCGACGAAGUUGACCAAAGACAUGAUACCAAGACAACAUAUCAAGUGGAAAUUCGUUAUGCCAAUAACACCAAUGAAACCUUCACAUUCCACGGACCACCAGGAGCUGAUGAAGUUCCUGGACCAGUCAAAUGGACCCGACCCUACUUUGACUGUGGACGAUCCAACAAGUGGCUUGUGGCUGCUGUUGUACCCAUUGCAGAUAUUUAUCCACGUCACACCCAAUUUCGACACAUUGAAUACCCUAAAUACACCGCUAUAUCCGUAUUAGAAAUGGACUUGGAACGAAUAGACAUUAAUCAAUGCCCCAAGGGGGAGGGUAACAGAGGACCAAAUCGAUUUGCCGACACAGCAAGAUGUAAAAAAGAAACAACGGAAUGUGAACCAAUGGAUGGAUGGGGAUUUCGAAGAGGUGGUUAUCAAUGUCGAUGUAAGCCUGGAUAUCGACUUCCGAGUGUCGUGAGACGUCCUUUCCUCGGGGAAAUCCUCGAGAGAGCAUCCUCUGAACAGUACUACAAUGGAUUUGAUUGUCUCAAAAUUGGAUGGGUGAACAAAGUGCCUAUUCAAUGGGAUCGUGCUCCAUACCAUAUCCGUGAGAAAUAUCUAGAUCGUUUCUAUGAAUACAGAAAUUUCUCAACUGGUCCAAGUUCCAUGCACACAGAAAAAAUGAAUAUCGAUGAAGCUCUCAAAUUUAUUCGUGGUGUCAAUGAGAAAUCGUGCAAAAACUUCCAUCCGCAAGAUUUAAUUCUGCCAGGUGAUGUUGCUCAUGGUGUAAAGGAGCAAUUUGCCAAUGAAGCAAGAAUGGCUGUUAGAUUAGCAAACUUUAUCAGUGCCUUCCUCCAAGUUUCCGAUCCAGAUGAGGUCUAUUCAGGCAAAAGGGUGGCAGACAAACCACUCACAGAAGAUGAAAUGAUAGGCGAAACAUUAGCCCUUGUUUUGGGUAAUAAUCGUAUUUGGUCAGCUGCAACAUAUUGGGAUCGCAAUAAAUUUACCAAUCGUACCUACUUUGCCCCAUUUGCCUACAAAAAGGAACUAAAUACGCGUAAAUUCAAAGUUGAAGAUUUAGCCAGAUUGAAUAAAACUGAAGAACUCUACACGGGCAAAGAUUGGUUCAGACUCCUCAAGCAACGAUGGUCAACAAAUUUUGAUGCUCUGGAGAAAUUCCACAUGAAAAUGAAGGUUCGAUACAAUGAAUCUGGUGAACAUUUGCAAAAGUACGAACACUAUCCCAAUCACUAUCAUGCUGGAAAUAUGGAUCAUGGAUACUGGACUGCACCACAGUUUGACUGCAAUGGACUCGUGAAGAAGUGGCUAGUCACAUAUAUUGCACCCUUCUUUGGAUGGGACAGUAUCAAAGUCAAACUUGAGUUUAAGGGAGUGGUUGCUGUUUCCAUGGAUAUGCUUCAAUUGGACAUCAAUCAAUGCCCUAGUGAAUACUACACACCUAAUGCCUUCAAGAACACCCACAAAUGUGACGAAAAGACAUCUUAUUGCGUCCCAAUUUUGGGUCGAGGUUACGACAGCGGUGGUUACAAGUGUGAGUGCCUACAAGGCUUUGAAUAUCCUUAUGAAGAUCUAAUCACGUACUACGAUGGACAAUUGGUGGAAGCUGAAUUCCAAAAUAUUGUUGUGGAUAAGGAAUCUCGUUUUGAUCUGUUCAAGUGCCGCCUAGCCGCUGCUUCCUCAAUCUACAGUGGAUUGCAAUUAAUAAUAGGAAUUUUCAUACUCUCCUGGCCUCUAAUAUCUCGAAUUCGAUAGAUCCCAAUAGAAGCCACAUGUUUUUAUCUUUUAUGAGCAGCCUAGGGUGACAACCGACAGUGAAUCAAUGUAAGGUAAACAUCUUUUAAGAUCUUCCACAUAAGAAAAGUGCAAGUUUUUUUUUACAUAAUUAACGGUUCCCCUAGAUUGAAAACUAGCAUUUAGUAUUUUUGUAACUAAAGUCCGUCCAAUGUUUAUUAUAUAUUAAGAGGUUAUAUACACUUAAAGUACCAAAAAAUAGAACAUCUUCUUGGGAAUUUCUUGAUUUUUUGUUAAAGUAGAAUUAUUCCGUUAAUUGCGAUAUAAAUCUUUAAGCAUUAAAUCAUAAAAUCGGAAUUUGAAAAAGAAAAUUUGUAGUAUUAAAGAUCUUUAUUUUUAAAGUGUUACAUUUCUUAAAGCCCUAAAUUAAAACGCAAUGCACUUUGAAAUAACAAAACUAAAAUAGAAAUAUUAUAGGGGAAAGUGGCCUGCCUUUGAAUGCGACAGCCUUUGAAUGCUUUGAUUUUUCUCUUAUUUCCCAAAGCUAAAUUUCCAUUUUGUUAAUCAAAGUUAAUAGAAAAUAGUUAAUAGUAUUAACUCUCAAAAUAGAAUUUUUGCUUUGAGAAAUAAAGGAGAAAUUGAAACAUUCAAAGGUUGCCGCAUUCAAAGGCAGACCACUUUCCCCUACUUCCUUAAGAUGCCUUUAUUUUUAAAUGUGGUUGAAAUUUUUUAAAUUUAAAUCUAGGAGAAAAUGUGACACUUUUGCAUUCGGGGUACCUUUAAAAUUGGGUUUUUUUCUUCAAUUUUUAAAAAGAAUUGAGGCUUAUCAUGAUGUUAUUUAGCUUUACGACUAGUUUCUCGAAUUAAAUUGUAUCAUGGUAUGGUCCAGUUUCAUUCAAAAAUAAUAGAAAAACUUCUAUUUCAAAGCUACCGUAAAUGCGAGUGACUUUGUCCCCUGCGGAUGACUUUGACAACCCGUAAGCUUUUCUUUAUUUCUAGAACUUAAGGAUGAUCUUUACCGAUCAGACAUGGCAGAUCGGAUCGGUAGAGACCAUCCUUAGGGUAAGUGUGCCAAAUUUCGGCAUAGUUGCAUGCAAGCACCAAAGUCUUACUUUUGAAAUGUAAUAUCUUUAAUAGAAAUUGAUUUUUUUAUUCUUUCUACUUAAGGAGUGUUGCUUAGAACCUUGUAGACAGUUUAUCGUCUUUAUUUACUCUAAAAUCUUUCUUAAUACAUUUUAAAAUGAAUAAAAAUGUAGACAUAGCUUUGGUGCUCUAUUUCGGCCACCUUGAUUCUCAUAGUUCCUUGCCCUUCAGGAAUUCUUCCAAUGCCUUUUUUACGUCAUCUCGUUUGUCGAAGCUACAUUUUUUGUUAUUCUUUUGCAUUGUAUAAUCUCUAGAGUACGUAAAAUCUAAAAGUUCAUGGAAAUUCGAGGAACAAAAAAGGUGGCCGAAAUUGCAAGCUGGCCGGAAUUUGGCACACUUACCCUAAGUUCUAGAAAUAAAUAAAGGCUUACGAACAGGAGAGGUCAAAGUCACCCAUAAGGGACAAAGUUACUCGCGUUUACGGUACCCCAAUUCAGAGGUACUGAACUUCCUCCAAAAGUAGUUUGUAAUAAAUUACGCGUCAUUGAUCUUUACUUUAAAUGUGAAAUCUUUAAUUUUGUCAAUAAAUAUUUGACUUAAAUAUUUAAUCUCUCAAUUCUGAGAUUAAAAGUCUUUAAAAAAUUAAAAAAAAUAAAUAAAUAAAAUGUCCUGUUCUAUGUUCAGGAAAAAGACGCUUGGUAAUGUUACACUUAUAUCUUCCAUUUGUUUUUCUUUAAUUCUAUAAUUUAUUUACUGUGAAGUUAGGCGCGUUUUAUCUUUUAGUUUUAAAGACAUUCCAUAUAGAUAAAUUAAAUAUCUUUAUCAAAUAUGAAUAAGCUUUAAAAUUCCGAUUUAAGAACCUAAAGCUCAGACCUAUUUUAAAAUUUAAGAUCGAGCAAUUGAAAUAUCGGCAAAUUAGGUUGUUUUCUAAUGACUUUAUAGCUUUUAGACUUAUCAAAAGCGUAUUUUCAAAAUUCUCGAAUUUGAUUUUUUAAAUUGUUAGUGUCAAUAUCAUUGCAAAAUAUUUUUAAAAGAAAUGUUUCAAAACAAUUUUGAUAAAUUUCAAGAUAUUUUCUAGAAGAUAAACUGAGCAUGAAUAUAUUUUUUCGUACUGCAAGUGUAUACAAACUAAAAACAAAAGAAAAUGUAAGACAUAGUAACAUAUUCCAUCCAGUAGAUUUUAAGAAUCUCAGACUUUACACUUUUUUUGUACAUAGUGAAGAUAGUUAUUAGAAUCUCAAGUAGAGCAAUAUGUAAUUUGUGGAAUUUUGGAAAAAGUAGUUAAAAGUAAUUUUGUUUGAAGAAGUAUAAAAUGCUGUAAAAGUGUAAUAAGAAUAUUAAGGAGAAAAUACUGUAUUUUUUCGUGAAAGACACAAAAAGGGGUUGCGAUGAGACACAACCCCAUAAUAAAUAAAUUAAAACCUGUUCAAUUUUCAA